UAUUUUCAGGACCUAAAAAAACUAUAAAAAUGCUCACACAUAAACAAGCUCGCCUUUCUUCUUCUUUGUUUUCUUUAUCCCUUUAACCAUGCAAAGAUUCACUCAACGUCUUCCCCAACUCGCUGCUCGUUCUCCUUUCUCUCAUUUGGCUCGUCAAGCUGCUAAGCGUAACUACGCCGCCUUGACUUUCUCUGUUCCUACUGCACAUGAAGCCCCUACUUCUUUGCAAUCAUUUACUGAAGAAGAAUUAAUGCUCAAGGAUACAGUUGCUAGAUUUGCUCGUGAUGUUGUUCAACCCAAGGUCAGAGACAUGGACGAAGCUGAAUUAAUGGAUAAAGAUAUCAUCAAGGCCAUGUUUGAGAACGGUUUGAUGGGUCUCGAAACUCCUUCAGAAUAUGGUGGUGCUGAAUGUUCUUUUACUGCUGCCAUUUUGGCCGUUGAAGAACUCGCCAAAAUUGACCCUUCUAUCAGUGCUUUGUGUGAUAUUCACAAUACUUUGACCAACACCAUGAUUCGUAAAUGGGGCUCUCCUGAACUCAAGGAAAAAUACCUGACUCGUCUUGCCACUGACACUGUUGGAAGUUUUGCUAUUUCUGAAGCUGGUGCUGGUUCUGAUGCUUUUGCUCUUCAAACACGCGCUGAGGAUAAGGGUGAUCACUACCUCUUGAACGGUGGUAAGAUGUGGAUCAGUAACUCUGGUGAAGCCGACAUCUUUGUUAUUUUUGCCAAUGUCGAUCCUUCCAAGGGCUACAAGGGUAUCACUGCCUUUGUUGUUGAAAAGGAAUGGGGUGUGGAAAUCGCUAAGAAGGAAAAGAAGCUCGGUAUUCGUUCCUCAUCUACUUGUGUUUUGAACUUUGACGAUGUUCGUAUUCCCAAGGAAAACGUGCUCGGUAAAGUAGGAGAUGGUUACAAGUACGCCAUUGAUUCCUUGAACGAAGGUCGUAUUGGCAUUGCUGCUCAAAUGAUUGGUUGUGCUCAAGGUGCUUAUGAUAUUGCUUUGCCUUACAUGAUGGAACGUAAGCAAUUUGGUCAACCUAUUGGUACUUUCCAAGCUAUGCAACAUCAAUUUGCUGAAGUCGCUGUUGAGAUUGAAGCUGCUAAACUCUUGACCUAUAAUGCUGCUCGUUUAAAAGAAGAAGGUAAACCUUUUGUGAUGGAAGCUGCUAUGGCUAAGUGGUACGCUGCUAAGGUUGCUGAAAAGUCCAGUUCUUAUGCUGUUGAAUGGAUGGGUGGUAAUGGUUUUGUACGUGAAACUGGUGUUGAAAAGUUCUACCGUGAUGCCAAGAUUGGUUCUAUUUAUGAAGGUACAAACAACAUUCAACUUCAAACUAUUGCCAAGAUCAUUGGUAGCAAGUACAAGUAAAAAAAAAAAAAAGAAUAAGAAAAA